AUGCUUCUUUCUAUUUUUCAUUAUUCUUUCUUUUCUUUUUUCCUUUCCUUUCUCUUUCCUUUUGAUGUUUCCUUUCUUUCUUUUGAUGUUUCCUUUCUUUCUUUUGAUGUUUCCUUUCUUUCUUUUGAUGUUUCCUUUCUUUCUUUUGAUGUUUCCUUUCUUUCUUUUGAUGUUUCCUUUCUUUCUUUUGAUGUUUCCUUUCUUUCUUUUGAUGUUUCCUUUCUUUCUUUUGAUGUUUCCUUUCUUUCUUUUGAUGUUUCCUUUCUUUCUUUUGAUGUUUCCUUUCUUUCUUUUGAUGUUUCCUUUCUCUUUCCUUUUUUCCUUUCUUUCUUGUUUCCUUUCUUUCUUGUUUCCUUUCUUUCUUUUGAUGUUUCCUUUCUUUCUUUUCUUUUUCCUUUCUUUCUUUUCUUUUUCCUUUCUCUCUUUCCUUGCCUUUCUCUAUUUCCUUUUUUCCAUUUCUUUUUGUUUCUUUUCCUUCCUUUCUUUUCUUUUUCAUUUCCUUUCCUUUCUCUUUCCCUUUUCCUUUCUCUCUUUCCUUUUUUCCUUUCCUUUCUUUUCUUUCUCUCUUUCCUUUUUCCUUUUCUUUCUCCCUUUCCUUUUUCCUUUUCUUUCUCCCUUUCCUUUUUCCUUUUCUUUCUCCCUUUCCUUUUUCCUUUUCUUUCUCCCUUUCCUUUUUCCUUUUCUUUCUCCCUUUCCUUUUUCCUUUUCUUUCUCCUUUCCUUUUCCUUUUCUUUCUCCCUUUCCUUUUUCCUUUUCUUUCUCCCUUUCCUUUUUCCUUUUCUUUCUCCUUUCCUUUUCCUUUUCUUUCUCCUUUCCUUUUCCUUUUUUUCUUUUCCUUUUCCUUUUCUUUCUCCCUUUCCUUUUCCUUUUUUUUUCCUUUUUUCUUUUCUUUUUUCCUUUUCUCUUUUCUUUUUUCCUUUUCUCUCUUUUUUUCCUUUUCUCUCUUUUUUUCCUUUUCUCCCUUUCCUUUUUCUUUUCUCCCUUUUCUUUUUUCUUUUCUUUUUCCUUUCCUUUCUCUUUCCUUUUUUCCUUUUCUUUCUCCUUUUCCUUUUUUCCUUUUCUUUCUCCUUUUCCUUUUUUCCUUUUCUUUCUCCCUUUCCUUUCCUUUUUCCUUUCUCUCUUUCCUUUCCUUUUUCCUUUCUCUCUUUCCUUUCCUUUUUCCUUUCUCUCUUUCCUUUCCUUUUUCCUUUCUCUCUUUCCUUUUUCCUUUUUUGUUUUGUUUCCUUCCUUUCUUUUCAUGUUUCCUUUCUUUUCUUUUUCCUUUCCUUUCUCCGUUUCCUUUUUCCUUUCCUUUCUUUUCUUUUUUUCCUUUUCUCUCUUUUUUCUUUCUUGUUUUCUUUUUCCUUUUCUCCCUUUCCUUUUUCUUUCCUUUCUUUUCUCCCUUUUCUUUUCUUUUUUCUUUUCUUUUUCCUUUCCUUUCUCUUUCCUUUUCUCCCUUUCCUUUUUCCUUUCUUUUCUUGUUUCUUUUCUUUCUUUUCUUUUCCUUUCUUUUCUUGUUUCCUUUCUUUUUUCUUUCUUUCCUUUCUAUUCUCUUUCCUUUUUUCCUUUCCUUUCUCCCUUUUCUUUUUCUUUUCUUUCCUUUUUCUUUUCAUGUUUCCUUUUUUUCCUUUCCUUUUUCUCCUUUCUUUUUUUCUUUUCCUUUCUCCCUUUCCUUUCUUUUUUGUUUCCUUUCUUUCUUUUCAUGUUUCCUUUUUCCCUUUCCUUUUCCUUUUUUCCUUUCUCUCUUUCUUUUCUUUUUCUUUUUUCUUUCUUUUCAUGUUUCCUUUCCUUUCUCUCUUAUCUUUUUCUUUUCUUUCUUGUUUCCUUUCCUUCCUUCCUUUUCAUGAGAUUGUGGGUUGGUAUCGAUUCCGUCCCCAUUCUUCUCUGCGUGUCUCACUGAGGGAAACCGCUGUCCACCGAAGCCUUUUGCAGACCCUGGGAAUCCCUCAAACAGAACAUUUUGUCUUCCUCUUGACAACAACAUCGGCCACCUCAAACUUGUCAACACAUUCAUAUGAUCACGUGAUAUACAAGUUGACCAGUUCCAAUGAAUUCACAAGCAUGUCACUCUCUGUAAUAAAUCUCGGUGAUACAACCCAUUCUCAGUACAAACAUCACAGUGCCAUUGUAACCCCAACUGGAGCUGGCAGGUAUCAAUCAGUCAUCAAAAGGUUUGAAAGCCAGUUCCAUGAUGACACAGGCGGAAUAAAAGAGGUCGGUCUUAUCCAAGAAUUGGCAGCAAAUCUAAUUUCCCAAUUGGAGAAAAUCAGCUUGUUGGUGUCAGACGAAGAGAAACAAUUAGAGGAAUUGGAAAAGGAAGUAGAGAAGUAUGAGCAGGUUGCUAAGCAACUGAACAAUCGGCCAAAAUCUGGACAGUCACCUUUGUCUCAGGUCACCAGCCAAAAUUCUGGGAUACAAGAUGAAGAAGCCAACCCAAUUAAACAACACUCAAACAGAGAGUCGAUGGGCACUGACAAAGAACGUCUCAUAACAGAUUUCUUAAACAAUACUGAAAGUGAACACAAAAUCCAACUCGAAGUUCAUUUAACUAAGAGCCAGCAAGGUAACAAUCCGAGCGGACUGUUUGGUGGUGACAAUUUCAUGUCAUCAUCUUCAUCAACGUCUCUAACACAGCCCACUCAAAACUCUGGGGAGAGUCUAUUGCAUCAACUUACUGAUGAAGAAGACGCCAACCUUUCUGUACCUUUAAAACCCAGUUCGAUCGCUACAUGUAAUAACAACGCUGUAAGCGGCAACAAGAAAAGCGGCAUUGUCAGAGGGGAUGGCAGCUCUCUGUCUGCAAUGACAACAACCACAUUUAACAGUGUUGGUGUUGUGGACCCUAAAAAACCAGCAUUGGCACCAGACCAUUUCUCAUUUGUCGAGAAUGUACUGAAGGAGGCAAAGGAAAUGCCAGAAAUGAUGAACGGUGAAGAUUCUCUGCAUUUAGACAACUGUGUUACAGUGCCGGUGGGAGCUCAAUUGCAGUCACCUCCAGGCAUUGCGAACAUGUGCAGUCAGAUGUCUGCAAAGAACAGCCUACGUUCAAAGAACGAUUCCUUACCAGAGUCAACCAACAGCAACACAAAUGCUGUUUCUGCUGCAACGAGCAGUGGGGGAACACGACGGAGGACACGCAGUCGGUCUGACCAACAACAACAACAAAGUGUGUCCACAACAGCAGCCAAGCCUUCAACUGUGACCCGCUCCUAUUCACCAUUGUCUGCUCGAAACGCCUCACCCUCCCCAACUCCGACAACUGUAGCAAGCAGUGGUACUGACAGCGGCAGCAGUAGUCCACGGCAUAUGAGAACACGCACUCCACAAUCUCGGGGUACAGCUGUCACUACAGCAAGUACGCGUGAAUCCAGGAUCGACUCAAAUCGUAGCAGCACCUCAAAAGCUGACUCUCUAAAUAAAGAAGUACAGAAGUCACCUAUCCGCCGUUGCCGGCCAUCACGGCCAAAAGAAAGAACUUUGUCAUCAAGCAAUUCCCCAAGUCGAAGAGACGCUACCAGCAUUGACUAUAGUUCUGUGAGAUGCGAAAGAUCUGUAUCUCCAUUCUUCUAA